CCGCAAGUGACGGGGGCGGACAGGUCAAUGCAGAGGCUCUCGCGCUCUAUUCUGGGUGGAUUCUUGUCUUUUAGGUCCAUCGUCGUGACAGGGUGCUGUGCUGACUCCACUGGUCGUGGCUAGUCAGAGAUCCAGACCUCCUAAGCUGUCUUGCUGCACAUGCCGCAACAAUGGCGAGCAUAGAUGAACUUUUCAAGAAGCCGUUGCCUGUCGGCAGCGGGAAACGCAAACUUGACCCAACCCGCGAUCCCAAUGAGUUCUAUAAGGCGGCAAAGCUCGGCUCGCAAGAUGACGUGAAAUCUAAGGGGAAAGCUGUUUCAAUGGAGGAGGAGGGGGGUGAAGAAGAAGAUGAUGAUGGCUAUGCCGGUCCGGAGUUGCCUCCAGACUUGGAUGGUGAAGACGGCGCAGACGAUGAAGAAGGGCGCUUCUUCGGCGGAGGGAUGGAACGUCAAACUGCUCAGGCGAUGCAGUACAUUGACGAGAAUGAAGAAGAUGAAGCAGCGGUGGAAAAGUUCGACUCUGCCUGGGUCCGACGCUUUGCGCUCAAUUUCGAGAAGAAAAUAUCGAAGAAUGCUGAGCUCAGGGCGAAGUUUGAGAGCGACCCUCAGAAAUUCAUGGCCUCGGAGGCGGAUUUGGAUACAGAGAUCAAGGGCGUGUCGAUCCUGGCAGAACACCCAGAGCUCUACACAGAGUUCUCCGAGUUAGGCUGCGUAGGGUCUCUGGUGUCGCUGCUAUCACACGAAAAUACCGAUAUCGCCAUUGAUGCCAUCCAAACAAUCACAGAGCUUACGGACGAGGACGUAGAAGCGGAGCCAGAGCAAUGGGAUACCUUGGCUAACGCAAUGCUGGAUGCUGAUCUAGUCGAACUCCUAUCGCAAAAUUUGUCGCGGCUGGAUGAAGAGAACGAGGCAGACAGGGCAGGAGUCUACUACAUCUUAAAUGUGUUGGAAAACCUGGCUUCUCAAAACACGAUUGCAGAGAAGAUCGGUCAGGAUUCCGGACUGCUGUCAUGGCUCCUGUCACGAAUCCAACGCAAGGAGUCUCCUGUCGGCCAGAACAAGCAAUACGCCGCAGAGGUGCUAUCAAUCCUUCUACAAUCCUCUCCGAAGAGUAGGGAGAAAUUUGCCAGUCUCGAAGGCGUGGACACAUUACUUCAGCUACUCAGUCAAUAUCGCAAACGUGAUCCAGCGAAGGACUCAGACGAAGAAGAAUAUGCAGAGAAUAUCUUCAAUAGUUUGGCCUGUCUUGUUGACGAGGAAGUUGGAAAGCAAAGGUUCCUGGAAGGCGAAGGAAUUGAACUUGCGUUGAUCAUGCUCAAGGAAGGGAAGUUCAGUAAACCCAGGGCUCUCCGUGUUCUUGAUCAUGCCCUUGGUGGGCAAUGGGGUGCUGGCGCCUGCGAGCACUUGGUUGAAGCUGCAGGGUUGAGAACCAUCUUUGGCAUGUUCAUGAAGAAGCAAGAAUCCCAGAAUAUCGAGCACCUCCUGGGCAUCUUUGCCUCACUUCUGCGACUUCUCCCCGGAGGCUCCGCAGGCCGUAUCCGCACACUCGCCAAAUUCAUGGAAAAAGACUACGAAAAAAUUGACAAGCUCAUCAAACUCCGACGAGACCAUGCUUCACGGCUAUUUCCCGUGGAGGAAACAAUUGAGAAGGAAAGAAAACGCUUGGAUGAAGAAGAACAAGAAUUUAUGGCCGCUGAAUGGCUCGGUCGGCGCUUUGACGCUGGCCUCUUCCCUCUACAGUUGAUCGAUGUUAUUCUGGCGUGGCUAGUCGCUGAAGACGACGGUGCCAAGAAGAAGAUCCAGUCGGUACUGGCAGAUCGGGACGAGACACUCUCCCUCAUCCGAGCAACCCUACAAGAACAAAUGGAAGGGCUGCAAGAUGACGAACCAGAGCAAAAGGACGUCAAGGACAUGCUGGGCACCCUGCUGCAAUUCCUGUAGGCGGCAUUCAUUCACUUUUGAUAAACGUCAAUGUAAUACCAUAUUUAGCAUCAGUUGGCUAUUCAAUAACCCAUUCAACGGCUUCUCAAUAGACGAUCGUUGCCUGAGAU